AUGAUGGGAGGUCCACAGCAAGUUCGCGAAGCGUUCGGCAUUGCUCAGAACUUUCUGACCCCAGUCCUCGACCGAGAGGAAAUACAGAAGACCCAAGGCAAAUCUUUGCUGCAGAUUCUCAGUCAGAAUUCAGGGCAUGAUGAUGUUGCUGGUGAUGAUGCUUCGAGACCAACGGUGAUCAAUAGGGCUUUGGACAUCUUAACCAGUAUCCACAAAUCAUUUGUAUCGCCCGAGGACCAAUCUGGAUCCCUUCAAUUAUGUGGGGAGGUUGACUCGCCAGCAGAAGAUGCCAAGCGCCGUCGCAUGCUACAUGCAUUGCUGGACCUGAUUUCCCUGGAAGGAAUAUAUCCUUCGCUAUCAUCCGGCGUUGGGAUCCCCCUGCAGCAGCGGGUGAUCUCGGUAUUGCCAGCCGGCGUCAUUGCAAAGCAGGCUCAAGCUGUUGCUAGCAGUGUACCGCACGACGAGCUUCUUUUGCGCCGUAUAAUCGACGUUUUGGUUGACGUUCUCUUCGACCCGAGACCAAGUCUCCAGCCGAUCAUUCGUGGUCGUAUAUUGAGUGACAUAAUCAGUGGCACAUCCGAUCUAGCUUUCAAUCCAAAUUCCACGGCAUCAUCUGAGCGGAACAGAUAUCAGAAAACAUUGGUCAAGAUAAUCGAUGAUACCCCAACAACCGUCUUGCUGCCCACAUUGUCCGCGUUCCUCCAGUCGGAUACUGCGCAAUGGUUCAAAUCAACAAUCUCCAGUCAGAUAUCGCAAGUUCCGCUACGGCCCGGCGGAGUAGUGCAAACCAUCAUGUUCAUUGCUUCACAGUUUUCCCCAACGUUAGGCCAGGAAGCACAAGAACAAUCAAACGGCCCUCAUUUAACUGUCCAGGCCAUCAUGCAGAUCUCACGGCUCCUUUCUUCUGUGCCAUCUGAUGUCGACCCAACUGUCUAUUUUGAGACAAUUGCUCCCCAACUGCUGGCAUUAAUAGACGGCGAUGAUCCAGAUCUGAGGAAAACUGCGUCAUACGUCGUCGGUAAUGGAAUUUUGGGGAAACGUGCUUAUGGCGCUCCUGGUACUAUUGGUCACUCCAUCUUUGUGGAGCCGAUAUUCAAUGCGCUUACCGCGAAUCUCGAUGCUAAAUCGAGGCGAUGGAUCAGUCGCUUCACCGAUAUCGAAGGCUCCAUGCCACAGCCCACGGAAGCAGAUCCCGCAUCUAAUGUCUUGGUGGAUGGCGCCACAGUGGACCUGGCUCUUGACAGACUAAGAUGUCUGACGCUACAGCAUCCGAACCCAGGUCUCGUGAAACGACUCGUGUAUCCGAUUAUUCUUCCACUGUGGGGGUUGAUCUGUUUCUCCCAGGAGGAAGAGCGGACCUCAUUCCAUGAAAGGGUUUUGUCCCUGCUCCAAACCUACUUUGGUAUCUCCGUUGGAGUACAACCCCUCAAAAAGCUGGUUGAUAAUCUUCUUUGGGAUGGAGGCGCGACGUGGACAUACAAUAAAGAUUCCGACACUGGAAUUGUGCUGCAGAAGCGAAGUGAGAAAACAAACGAGCACUCAAAUCUGGUGCGACUGAUCGAUUCCCUUCAAUCACGAGCAGAACUCUUUGUCAGCCUCAUUGGCUCCGAUCCUAGCAGCGAGGAACGAACCGGUGAUAUCUUCCUUUAUGUCAGUCAAAACUGGCUAGUACAGCCCCGAGGUUCUUCAGUCUCUCACAAUACACUGAAUGGGGGCCCAGUUGGGGAAGGUGACAACAUCAUUCAGAAGCUUGUCAGUGCCAAGGUUGCGGAAAAGCUACUUGACAACUUCAAAGAAGCACUGACUCGACGCCCGCUCCGAGUUUUAGAGCUCAUCAAGCAGGUCAUUGAUGGGGAGCUACAUAGGCUUAGUGCUCACGGAACGGCGAAGCAAGGCAAAGUACAUGGCAAGGUGUCGCUGUCGUCUUUAGCCAAUAUCGUGGAGACAAAAGACAAAGACAGGGAGGACUUAGAAAACGACUCUUCUGAGUCCGUCUCAACAGCGUUCAGUUUGAUGUCUACACUGCUUGCAUCUGCCGAGUUCUCUCCCACUGCUGAAAUUCAACCCCUCCUUGGAUCUCUUAAAAAGGACCUCGAUCAACUCAUUCCUUAUCUCCCUUCCACCCUCUCCAAACCAGCAACGACCUCGUCUAUGCUGCUAGAGAUUCAGCUUGCCGCUGCAGACGAAACCACAGUCAAGGCAGUCCCCGCUCAUAUUCAGGACCUUGACACGCAUCGCCGAAGGCCUAUCGCUGAUCUCGAAACUCAUCAUGAACUCGUCCCCGUUCUUGAUGUGGGGUCAACUCUCACACUCCUGCUCUCACUCAUCACCGACACAUCUAAGACCGCCGCCAACGAGGAAUACACAUACCUCGGUGCAAUCAAGAUCGUUGGCACACUAGCAUCACGCCAUCCACGUACCGUGGUCAAAACCUUGGUCGAAGAGUACGCAGAUAGACAUGAACAACGAGGAUUGGACGAAAGACUCAGGAUUGGCGAGUCUCUCCUGCGCACAGUCCAGGAAUUGGGGGAUGCACUAGCCGGUGAGACGGCCAAAAUUCUUGGCGAGGGUAUGGUUGCCGUCGCAGGACGGCGUGGGAACAAGCAACAAGCACAAAAAGCCCGCAGAAAACAACUUGCCAAGGAGAGGCGGGAAAAGGAACGCGCGCAGCGCAAGGAAAAGAACCGGCCAUGCCUGAAGGCUGCUAAGGCUGCUUCCGAACUUGACCUCACAGAACUUCAUUCGGACGACGAAUCCCCAGAGCAAUCGGCGUACGCCACAAACGUCGUCGCUGCAUGGGCUGCCGGUGCCUCUGCAGAUGAUGCCCCUGAUGACCUUCGCAUCCGGGCAUCCGCUAUUUCCAUUCUUGGAUCGGCCAUCAACGUCAGCAUCCUCGGUCUUGGCCCUGCCAUUCUUUCUUCUGCUGUCGAACUCGCGCUUGCUACCCUAACCCUCGAGAGGGAACCGGAGAGUGCCAUCCUCCGCCGGGCGAGUAUUGUUCUGAUCUUGGACAUCCUCAAAGCUCUCGAGGCAGCGCGAGAGAGACGCAGAAACAAGGACAUCGGGUUUGGCUUUUCGCUUUUAGAGGACUCCGGUCCCGACAUGCAGGGACAGUCGACCAUUGGUAAUAUACCUGCUAUGCUACGCACGCUCCACUUCGUCGAGGGUAGUGAGGAGGACGGGCUCGCUCGUGGAAAUCUACGCGCUUUGAUCGAGAGUUUGGAGGCUUGGUCGGAGAAGUCUUUGAUGUGGGGCAUUGGUGCCCAUGAUGAUCAAGAUGCCUUCAAUCCACAAUUUGGACUGGGCGACAGGAUCGCCGGUCUACAGAUUGACCCCAUGGCAGGGGAGAACACUGGACGUCCGCGCAUCGAGGAGAUUGAAUGA